AUGAAGAAGAUAAAAUAUGUAGAUGAUGCUGGUUUUACCUUUAUUGAUCAUCUAAUCUCAUGGUCAGUUAAUGAUAUACUUGAUGAUAACUUUUUCAAUGACAAGGUCAGGAAGAUCCCUUGUCUGUUUCGAUCGACAACCGAGUAUUUCGAUGCAUUUGUGUAUCCUUUGUUAGAGGAGGCACGAGCCGAAUUGUGCUCAAAUUUGUCUAUGUUAUCUAGAGCGCCUUUUGGUAGAGUAGUUUCGUGUUGUAAAGCUACCAAAGAUACUAAAUUACACUUUUUGUACAAUGUUAAGGUUCAUCAUUGGAGGGUUAAUUCUGCUGGUGGAGAUAGCAAAACUUAUAAUGUUUUGCCAGGAGAUGUGUUUGUAUUGAUGGAUUCUGAAUUUGAUGCUGAGGAACCUGUUCUACAGUCGGGGCGAAAAUGUGUUCUAGCAUCUGUAGUUAAUAUGUCUCAGGAUGAUGCAGAUGAGGACACUUCUGCUACUUGUAUCAGAGUGAUUGUGUCUAAAGAGAUUGACAUGAAUGAUUUUGUAAAUAAAUAUUUACUUAUUGUAUUUUUGACUAAUGUGAUUCCAUUUGAACGCAUAUGGAAUGCUUUGCACAUGAAGGAGAACUUGAAGUUACUCGAGAAGGUCUUGCACUGUGAUUCCUUGGAUCAUCCUAGAAAGAAAGGUUUAUGCACAUUAGUCGACUUGGAGAAUGAUUGGACUGACAAAGGAACUGAUGGCAAUGGCUGUUCAGAAACUGAUCAUUUCUGGCUCAACAAACUUGGUUCGGGUUUACCACGUCUAAACCCAUCUCAGAAGGAUGCAAUUUCGGCUUCUUUGAAAAAUAUACAGUGUAAGGACAAGUUUUCUGUUGAACUUGUAUGGGGUCCUCCUGGGACUGGUAAAUCUAAGAUGAUCAGCACAUUGCUAUGCAUUCUGCUAAGGCUUAACUGUAGAGGCCUGGCUUGUGCCACAACAAAUGUGGCAAUUACUGCAUUAGCUAGUCAGGUUGUAGAGCUGUUGAGAGCGUGUUCUGCAAGGAAUUCAGACAAUAGGUUUUGCUCAUUGGGCAGCUUACUUUUGUUUGGGAGCAAGAAGCAGGUAGAUGUAGGUUCAGAUAUUGAAGAUAUUUAUUUGGACUACCGUGUUAAGAAGCUAGCAGAGGUUUUUAGCCCCAUUAGUGGCUGGCGCUGUUCUUUCUCGUUGUUGUUGAAUGAAUUCCAGGAUUUUUCUUCACAGGAUCAUUUUCUCACUGGACAACAUGGUCAGAAUAGGUGCCUUGGCAAUUCAGAGCAACUUCUAUCCUUUCUUAAUUCUAUUAGAGAUCAGUUCAAUGAACUAAUUGGUCCUGUCAAGAGAUGCAUCUCAAUCUUUUGUACCCAUAUGGCAAAAAGUUUCAUUCAGGAACACAAUAUUGAGAACUUGACUAAGCUUUAUGAUUUGCUUGAUUCUUUUGAAAGUUUGCUGUUGCAAUAUAUUGGUCAACUCAGUGGGUUGGCUCCUUGUAGUGGAGUCUUUCAGAAGUCUAUUGUGUAUAUACUAGGUCUUCUCGAAAAGAAGGGAGAUGAAUGCUUUGAUCUUUUACAAAAUCUAAUUGUUUCUUUGGGCAAACUUAAGUUUCCCCAAGUGACAAAUUAUGAUUUCAUCUCGGAUUUCUGUUUCCAAAUGUCAUCCUUGUUAUUCUGUACGGCUUCAAGUUCCUAUAAAUUGUAUUAUGCGCCUAUAAAAUCACUCGAUGUUGUGGUUAUUGAUGAAGCUGCGCAGUUGAAGGAGUGUGAGUCCAUUAUACCACUCCAACUUCCCGAUCUAAGGCAUGCUAUUCUUGCAGGAGAUGAGUACCAGCUACAGGCCAUGGUGAAAAGUCAUAUUUCAGCGAGUGUUGAUUUUGGCCGAAGUUUAUUUCAGAGAUUAGGUUUGUUAGGCUGGUCAAAACACCUACUAAACAUGCAGUACAGAAUGCACCCUUCAAUAAGUGCAUUUCCAAGGAGGAUGUUUUACAGCAACAAAAUUACUGAUGCACCUAGUGUGAAGAGUGACGGCUAUGAGAAACGUUACCUUGAAGGAUUAUUCUUUGGUCCUUAUUCAUUUAUAAAUAUUACAGAGGGAAAAGAAGAAUUUGAUGAUAAUGGACAAAGCAGAAAAAAUAUGGUUGAGGCAGCAGUUGUCCGGGCUAUAGUACUUCGUCUUUACAAAGGAUGGUGCAAAUCACCCUGCAAUAAAAAAGUUAGCAUUGGUGUAAUAUCGCCUUAUUCUGCACAGGUUAAGGCAAUUGAAAGAAUGAUUGGUCAGAGAUUUUCGAAUCUGGAAAAUUUUACAGUGAACAUCAAAUCAAUUGAUGCGUUCCAAGGUGCAGAGGAAGACAUAAUACUGCUAUCUUUGGUCAGAUCUAACAACUUUGGCGAAAUUGGUUUCUUAUCUAAUCCUCAACGACUUAAUGUUGCAUUAACAAGGGCAAGACAUUGCCUAUGGGUGCUUGGAAAUGGGAAGACUUUAGCCAAAGCCAACCUUAUUUGGAGGGAUUUUAUCACCGAUGCUAAAGAGCGGAAAUGUUUUUUCAAUGCUAAUGAAGAUGAAAAAAUAUCAGAAACAAUCAUUUAUGUUAAGAAGGAACUAGAUCAGCUGGAUGAUUUGCUCAGCGGAAAUAGUGUGCUUUUUCGUAAUGCAAGGUGGAAGGUUCUCUUUGCUAGUAAUUUCAUCAAAUCAUUUUCAAAGCUGCAAUCAAGCCAAACAAAGAUGCAUGUGUUUAAUCUUAUAGGCAAACUUUCAAAUGGAUGGCGACCAAGGAAAAUCAAAGUCGAUCCUCCUUGUGAGAGCUCUGUUCGAAUUGUCAAGCAAUUCAAAGUUCAAGGCCUCUAUGUCAUAUGCUCAAAUGACAUUGUUAAAGAAUCAGAAUAUUUCCAAGUUAUGAGGGUUUGGGAUAUUUUGCCAUUGGAAGCAGUGGCCGAAUUGGUUAAGAGAAUUGACAAACACUAUGGUUUAUUCACUGAAGAGUUUGUCAGAUGCUGCAAGAAAAAAUGUAUUGAAGGUACGCUGGAAGUUCCCGUAUGCUGGAGCAGCAACUCUAAUAUUGUUCGGUACAAGAGUUGCAGUGAUGCUGAGAGAACAAGUAUAUCAGAUGACGAUGAUGUAGCACCAAGAUGUAUUGACAAGGCAGAAGUCGAGGAGAGCUUGUUGCUAGUAAAAUUUUACUCUUUAUCUGUCGGUGUAGUGAAACACUUGAUUUCUGUUUCUGAUGGUAGGGCAUUAGAGCUUCCCAUGGAAGUGACAGACAACGAGUGGGAAAUAAUUCAUUACCCAAGAAGCUCUUUUGUGUUAGGAAGGUCUGGCACUGGAAAGACCUUGGUGUUAGUCACGAAACUAUUUCAGAAAGAACAACUAUAUCACAUGGCUUUGGGUGGUUCUGAUGAGGUACAUGGCGAUGCUUCCUUGUGUGAUGACCCAUCAAUUAAGCUUGAGGGUAGAAGCGCUAUUCUGCGACAACUGUUUGUAACAGUUAAUCCGAACUUGUGCCAUACAGUAAAACAACACAUCUCCAAUCUUCAAAGCACUGUUCGUGGAGAAAUCUUGAAUAAGGAAACCUGCAUCCAAGUUUAUGAUGAGACGCAACUAUUUGAAGAUAUUCCUCACUCUUUCUGGGAGAUCCCUGCUGAGUCAUAUCCUCUUGUGAUAUCUCUCAAGAAGUUCCUGCUCAUGCUGGAUGGUACAAUAGGUACCUCAUAUUUCCAUAGAUUUGUGAAAACUAGACAAACUUGUAGCUUAAAAUCAGUUGAGCUGCAAAUGAUGGAAAGGAAAGAAGUAAGCUUUGAUAAGUUUAGUGUCUCAUACUGGCCUCACUUCAAUUCGACUCUUACAAAGGAUCUUGAUCCUUCAAGAGUUUUCACUGAAAUACUCUCUUGUAUAAAAGGUGGAAUAAAAGUUGAACAGGGUAGACUCACUUUAGACAGUUAUAUUCAAUUGUCUGACUGCAAAAAGUCAAGCUUAAGUAGGAACGAGAGGGAGGCCAUAUAUGGUAUAUUCUUGUGCUAUGAGAAGAUGAAGCUUACAAGAGGUGAGUAUGAUUUGUCUGAUGUAGUGAAUGAUCUUCAUCAUCGGUUCAGCCAUCAAAGGUAUGAAGGUGAUGCCUUGGAUUUUGUGUAUAUAGAUGAAGUUCAAGAUUGGACUGUGCGGCAACUUUCUCUUUUAAAAUAUGUUUGCAAGAAUGUCAAAGAAGGUUAUGUGUUUGCUGGUGAUACAGCUCAAACAAUUGCCCAAGGUGUAGAUUUUAGUUUUGAUGAGAUCAGAAGCUUUUUCUAUGUCAAUUUUCUCCAAGGCCCGUGUGUGAAAACUAGUAAACAGGAUCAAGGAAACAUCUGCCCAAUUUUUGUGCUGAAUCAAAACUUUCGAUCCCAUGCUGGGAUUUUAAAGUUAGCUCACAGUGUCAUCAAACUUAUCUACCAUUUCUUUCCAUACUCAAUUGAUAAGGUUAAUCCAGAGUUCAGUCUUAUUGAUGGAGAUGCUCCCAUACUGCUGGAGUCUGCAUCUGGUGAUGAAGAUGUUGUCAUGAAAAUCUUUCAGGACAAUAAAAAUGAUGGCAGGAAUACUGUCAUUUUUGGAGCUGAACAAGUUAUUAUUGUACGAGAUGAAAGUGUGAGAAAUGAAAUGCCAAGCCAUGUAAAAGGACAUGCACUUGUGCUCACGGUAUUUGAGUGCAAAGGCUUGGAGUUUAAGGACGUUCUCUUGUACAACUUCUUUUCAUCAUCACCUAUUAGAGAACAUUGGAGUGUAAUAUAUAAAUAUAUGCAAGAGAAGAACCUUGGCUCAUCAUUUCCACAUUUUCCAAAGUUCAAUCAUGCAAAACAUAGUGGUUUGUGCCAUGAAUUGAAGCAACUAUAUGUGGCCGUCACCCGAGCAAAGGAAAGAUUAUGGAUCUGUGAGAGCCAUGGUAGUCAUGCAGAACCUAUGGCUAAUUACUGGAAAAAAUUGAAUCUGGUCCGAAUUAGACAGUUUGACAAUUCAUUAGCUCAGGAAAUAAUAUUUCCCAGCUCUAAGGAGGAAUGGAAAUCGCAAGGUUUCAAGUUUCUCGAAGUAAGUAACUAUGAGACAGCGGCAGUCUGCUUUGGGCGAGCUGGAGAUACUUACUGGGAAAAAUACGCCCGUGCUACUGGCCUUAAAACAACCGCUGCUCAUAUGCGUGGCUUGAGUUCUGAAGCAGUCAAAAUGCUUACAGAAGCUGCUGAAAUAUUUCAAAGCCUAGAUAACAACAAAGAGGCCGCUAAGUGCUUCUAUGAUGCAGGCAAUUAUGAAAGAGCAGGUGAUAUAUAUCUGCAGCACUUUCAAAGUUCUGAGCUUGAAAAGGCUUGUCAUUGCUAUACCUUGGCCGGUUUUCAUGCACGUGCUGCGGAGAUCUAUGCUGAAAAUUACCUCUACAGAGAAUGUUUGCAUGCAUGUAAUACAGGAAAAUUGUUUAACUUAGGAUUGCAGUACGUACAAAGCUGGAAACAGCUGGCUCUUGAGGAGGGAAGCAUAGACUUGAUAACAUUUGAGCAAGAAUUCCUGAAGAGUUGUGCUCAUGCUUCCUAUAAGAAAAAAGACAAGAAAAAAAUGAUGAAGUAUGUUAAGAAAUUUAGCUCUCUUGAUUCAAUGAGGACCUUCUUAUGGAAUCAAGGGUGUUAUGAGGAGGGAAUUGACAUAGAGAUAGAAAUGGGCGAUAUUCAAGAGGGUCUAAGAAUCGCAAGAAAAGUAGGAUUAUUUUUACGUGAGGCAGAUUUAUUAGAAAAGGCUCAGAAUUAUGAGGAUGCUUCUAGGCUCUAUAUUUGGUACGUGUUUGGUAAAUGUUGUUGGGCAUCUGGUGGAAAAAAUUGGCUCGAAAGAGAUCUUUUGUUGAAAGAGGAAUUGUUGUCCAGAGCUGAAGCUUCUGCUCUCAAUGCUUCAGCUGAUUUUCACAAACAAAUUCAUACAGAAGUUCUGCUUUUGUCAACUCAAAGUACUGGGUUGUCUGAACUGGAGAAGCAGUUAGAAGUCUCCCAAAAAAGCGGGAAUUUGAAAUGGGAGGUCAUAUGUACUAGAAAAAUUCUUGAAAUCCUUCUUCAGACUCAGACUUCACCAUUUAAAUGGGAAUCUGACUCGCGAGAAAUGAUCUCAGGUGGCCAGGUCUCAGUUGAAAAACUGAUAUACUUUUGGUCAUCCUGGAAAGAGAAGAUUUUGACAACCUUGGAACACCUAAAGAGUUUACCAGCACAUGAUAAUCACUGGGACUUCUGUCUACAUUAUUUUGGCGUGCGAAAGCAUCCAAACACUGGUUACUUUAUGCUCUAUCCUGAUGCUGAAUGGGUGUCGAAAUAUCCGAAAAAGAAUAAUCAAAGACUUGGCACAGAACAUUUGGUGACUUCUAUUCGACAUUACUGGUGUUCAGAGUUACUCUCAGUUGGCUGUAAUAUGCUGGAGUAUCUGAAUAUCUUUCAGAAGUUUUCUGCUGAUUCGAUGCCUAUGAUUUGCAAAAGUAGGAUUGUUGAUCAUAUUUUUGAAUGUACCCUUUUUUUGAUGGAGUCGGAUUAUUUAAGGCAAUGGGGUCAAGUGUCAACUGCUCGAAUGUAUUAUGCGACAAAAUGGUAUGCUGCUGCUGUGUUUACCACUGAAUGGUACAACCUUAUCCUACAUGAUCAAGUAAAGAACCGAAGCUCCAUCAUCACACGAAAACUGAGGGCAAAACUAGAUCAUUAUUUGCCUAAUAUGUGAAAGAUUUGAAUUCCAAUCUUUGUUGAGUAAUGUCAGCUAAUUGCAUUGUUUGCUUGAGUUGCUAAAUUAUGUUUGCUAGCCUGGUGUCAAGUAAAUAUCUGAAAUAGCAGACAUUAAUCUAGCUGAAGUUAUUGAUAACACUUUCAUCUUGUCUUAUAUCUUUUAACUCAGGGAAGUGGAUUACCAUUUGUUAGGAUUAGUGUGGAGAUAGAUAAAUACAUGGAGACAUAAGGAGAUUGCAUAGAAGCUGCCUUAUUGUUAAGGUUCGACCAAACUUGUGAAAAGUUCGGUCGAACCCGGUUUUAAGUCAGUAGCUGAACAGAGUUCGGUCGAACCUCCCUGCUCCCUAUUUCGUCGCUUCGUUUUCGGCUUGUGCGAUUUGCUUUAAUCUUAGCCGUUGGAUUGUAUUUUCUACCUAGACUAUAUAUACCUUUUCUAAGCCUCUUUGUUGAUUAUUCACAAACAUUUAAACACAUAGAGAGGUUUUGAGAGGGUUUGUGAGGAGCAUUUGAAUUCUAUACAAUUCAUGCUUGUAAUUCUUGAGUUCAUUCAUCAUCAAUAUUACUCCAUAGUGCAAGGGUGGGUUUUUUCUCCCGGUUCUCGGGUUUUCCCACAGUAACAUUGUCUUCCUUUUACUUGCUUUAAUUCCUUCAAAGUUGUUCUUGAUUGUUAUGCUUGUUUGUUCAUUGCUAUUGUGGGUUGAUUGCAAGUUAGUUGAACACUUUAAUCCUUACACCAUUAACUUCCAUCUUAUGUUAAUAUAUAAUACCCUUUACUGCAUGAGUCCUAUACUCUUUGUGCUACCCUGCCGACUGCCGUGCCCAACUUUGUCAAAUACCUCUUUUUUACAAUAGGAAGAGAAGCUCUAGUUUCCUUAGUUUUGCUCUAUGUUGCCAACCUCAUUCUCAAAUCCAUUACAAAAAAUCAAUGUGAAAAAUAAACUUAAGUGCAAAAAAAAAAAAAAAAAAAAAAGUGUUAAGAAAAUUAUUUUACACCCUUUCCGGUAAGAUUGAUUUAGCUUUUGAUUUUUUAUUACAUUAAUUUCUUAUACGAAGUAUUUCGUAACUUUUAAAUUUUAUGAAGAAUUACUUCUUACACACCUAAUUAUUUGUGUGUUUAAGUUAGCGUGUAUCACAAUCCACACCCUUGACGUGUUCCUGUAAUAUAAAGAAAAUGUUGAUUUACUUACGAAAAUGUCAUAUUGACUGAUAUGUUUCUAUUUACAGAAAUGUCACCAAAUAAACAAUUUUUGUUCAUCACGAUGAUUAACUGGGGCUCCCUCUUAUUUCCACCUAUCUAUUUACGGAAUUCACUUGCAUCGUCUAAAUAUUUUGUUGCACCCACUCUUAUCUUCUUUUUUUUUUGGCAAUUUUAUACAAUAAUUGAGAUUAACAAAAAAAAUAUGGAGGUACUAGCAUAUUACACAAUGUAAAACAACAAUUACUCAUACUGCAUAAACAAAAAAAAAAGAAAAAAUCGCUCAAUAAUUACUCUCUUGGUCUCUUAUUUGUUUUGCCUCAAUUUUCUUUUUAGGCCGUCAUUUUAAUUUCGACCCAUUUUAUUUUUGAACAUAUAGGAUUACACUUUUACUCUCACAAUCACCCCUUUAACCCACUACUUUUCUCUCUCAUCAUUUUUUCCAAUUAAAAGUUAAUAAAGUAACAUUUGUCUAUGGGGUAAAAAAUAAGAAACGAAGAAAUACCUUGUAGUUUAAAGUUUAAACCAAGUUUACUAGCUGAGUAUGAAUUGGGUAUUAGCGUAGUACACAAUGACACAUUGUAGAACAAUACUACGGGGUGCACACAAAAAAUAACUAUGGAGUAGACGUUAUAAAUAUAAUCAAUGGCGGCAAACAUAUGCAGUGUACCCCGUGCCACAACUGCUAAGCUGUAGUGACGUUUCAUCUCUCUCCCCAUCAUUUCCAUUAUCAUCAAUAAUCGCACUUGAAAAUAAACCCAUUUUUUGAAAAUCCCACUUAAAAAUAAAUCAAAAUGACUACCAAAAUUCCUUCAUUUUAACACCCACA